GCCCAGUGCCGUCUCGCGCAAGCGCUCUCUGCGGCUUCCCUUGACCUCUGACCCACCGGCCACCCUUGAGCCGGGGCCGCAAGGCCAGGAAGUCGGAGCCUGAGUCCCCGAGGCAGAGCAGCUGCCAUGGCCAAGUACCUGGCGCAGAUCAUUGUGAUGGGUGUGCAGGUGGUGGGCAGGGCCUUUGCACGGGCCUUGCGGCAGGAGUUUGCAGCCAGCCGGGCCGCAGCAGAUGCCCGAGGACGCACUGGACACCGGUCUGCAGCUGCUUCCAACCUCUCUGGCCUCAGCCUCCAGGAGGCACAGCAAAUUCUCAACGUGUCCAAGCUAAGCCCUGAGGAGGUCCAGAAGAACUAUGAACACUUAUUUAAGGUGAAUGACAAAUCCGUGGGUGGCUCCUUCUACCUGCAGUCAAAGGUGGUUCGCGCAAAGGAGCGCCUGGAUGAGGAAUUCAGAAUCCAGGCCCAGGAGGACAGAGAAAAAGGGCGAACGCCCCACACGUGACUGCUUGGCUCUCCACACCCAUCCCGCCACCUCUAAUUUAUAGCUUGCAAUGGAGCCAAGAGGAGGAAAAACAUAGCUACGAUAGAAAGGCACUUAGAACCUGUUAAAAUACUGAUAUCCUGGAAUGUGCAACAACAAACCAACGACAACCACAAAAAGUACACCGGCCCUUCCGAGCCUGGUCCGUCACCGAAUCGCAUGCUGAGCUUGUCGGCCUUCCAGUGCCCUGUUCCUCCGCUCCGCUUGAGUCAGAAACCCAUGACCCCACCAGGGACUUAAGGCCUGGGGCCCUCACAGGGGUGGGGGGUGCUCGGGGCCUGCAUGGGGCCCGAAGAAAGGAGACCAGCUCCCUCCUACCUUGCUCAUAGCCCCUUCGAGGGGCAGAGCCAGUGCGGCGGGGCCCUGUUAGGGCUGGAGUCCGAAGCCCAGUGGCAGGGCAGGCCAGGUCAGGGUGACCCCUCUGGGACAGAAGGGCAGUCUGGGAGAGGGUGGGGUCAGCAAAGCUGCCAGAGGAUCUGCAGGGCCACUGAGGACCCCAGUGCUAUCCAGGCAGCUGCCUCGUUCUACAGAUGGGGAGGUGGAAAGGCUGGGCCAUUCCACGGCCUGGUGACAGCACAGGCCCAGAAGCCAGAACUCCCAGCCACCAGGUGGGAGAGGGAGCAGAGGGGAGGCCCCAGAUGGGGGAUGCAUGGGUGCAUCCAUCCCCCAGGGUGUCCUGGGAUGGGAUUAAGGGGCACAAGGCCUUCCAGCACCCUUAAAUGGUUCUGGCCCCUGCCAGAGUCCUUGAGUGGCACAGAACCUGAGAGAGCCCGUUGGGUAUUAGGGGUAGGGAAGCGCCUCUGAGAAAGCAGCUCGGAAGGAAAGAGCCUGAGGAAGCAAGUGUCACAGGUGGUCCUCCAACCACCGCUUCCCUCAGGCCUUCAGUCCACAGCCUCCAGGAAGUUCCAACACAGCACUGGCCGGGAACCCCCUCCCCUGCAUGCUGUCACUUGGAGCCCCAGACCAGGAGAUGUGUCCCAGCCAGCCUCCCCCUCCUGGUGCAGGACCAAGGCCCGCAGGCCUCUGCAGGGGGCACUGCCCAGGCCAGGCCCAGUGGGGAUGGAAGCAGGAAGACCGGGUGCUGGGUCUGGCCCCACAUGCUCCCUGAGCCAGGGCCCAGGCCACUCUGUCCUGGCACUACACCUGGCCUGGUACCUCCUCUCACCAGCUCAGGGGCCCUCAGACCGGCUUCUCACUGUCCUCGGGUGACCUAAGGUAGAGGAAGGAGGCCCCCUGGGGUGCAGAGAUGGAGUGGCCAGCUAUCCCCUCAGUCUGGAGGUGGCGUCCCUUGGGCAGUGCUGUCAGCCUGGCCUGGGGUGAGAAGGGCGGCCGCAGAGCGAGGUGCGGGGCCUCCCUUCUAACUAGCAGGAGGCACCUUUGUCCUGGGGGGCAUGCUUCUGCCUGGGGCUUUGAAGGGGCCUGCAUCUGUCUUGCUUUCCCUCUGGAGGCAGGGUCAGAGAGAAAGGAGUCCAAGGAGCCCCCAAGACAGGGGCUGGGUAAGCCUAGGAGGGAUGGGUGGGCUUCUGGUCCCUGGGGGUCCCUCUCAGGAAGGGGAGCCUGGCGCCAACAGGGAGGGCAGAUGCCGUCCCACCCACCCUCUCUGCUGGAGAAGGGGUAGUCAUUGGGUGAGGAAGGUACCAGGGUGGGAGAGAAACGGGAGGACAGGGGCAGGGACAAGCCUGGCAGAAGCUGAGAGCUGGGUGGGGGAGCCAGAGGGGAGCGAGGCGUCAGCACCCAGGAGCACAGCUCCCCCCGAAUGGCAGGCCAGCCCCACCCAGGGACCAGGAGACCAGCCAUGAAUGACCUAGCACCAUCCUUACUCCCUGGCGGGCUAGGCUGGGGCUGCCCAGGCAGUAGGACAUUAUUGCUAUUUCACAGAAGAGUUUCUGUUCGUCAGGGGGCAGUGCCAGGAGCUGCCGGCAGGGCCGUAAUAGUUGUCCACAGGGUGGGUUCAGUUCACCACAGCCGGUUUGAGCAGCACGGAGCCCGGCGGGAUGACCACCCAGCCAGGAGCCAGUGCCUCUGGGCUGCUGGCGGUGGAGUUGACGCCGGUGGACAGGUCUAGCACGGUGCCCGGCAGCAGGGGGAGUCCAUCAGGGCUUGGCCGGGAGCAGCUGCUCUCCGUCCUUUCGAGGGGCGUCUUGCGGCCCUCCAUGCCCAGGGCCCUGGCAGGCACUGACCCACGCCCCUUCUCCACCUCGCCCUUGCCACCAGCAGAGCCAGCAAGGAGGGAGACCACAGGCAAGCCCAGUCCGCCAGCCCCAAAGGGCGAGGGCAGCAGCGGGUUCUUGGCCAGAUUGAGAGGCAGCACAGGGCCCGGCAGCCCAGGACCCAUGCCCCCUCCACCUCCACUGCCCCCACCACUGCCACAAGCCAGGGCACUGAGGUCGAGGGGGCCGGGAGCCAGGGGCAGGGGUAGGCCAGGCAGGCCAGGGCCUCCAAAGAGGGCGGCUGGGUUAGGGAUGAUGAUCUGGGCCCCGCUGACAUAGGGGCCGCCAUCGGGGGCAGGCAGUGGCGGCUUGGGGGGUGGGCGCAGCUGCAGGAGCUCUUGCUGCUCAUGGGACACGAAGUGGCCGUGGGCCUUGAUAUGCUUGCGCAGUGAGCUGGGGUCCGUGUAGCGCUUGUGGCAGCCGGGCAUCUUGCAGUAGUAGGGCUUGUCCACAUAGUGGGUGCGAGUGUGCUUAAAGCGGUCACUGGAGUUGGAAUAACGUUUGUUGCAGCCCUCAUAGGGGCAGACGUAGGGCUUCUCACCUGCAGGGUGGUGCGGGGCUGCUGUGAGGGGAGUCUCCCUUGAGUCCCCAUGCACUCAACAUCCCCCGGGCCAAGCACUCCCUGGAAGCACAGAUGCCCCAAUUCUGUGGACAGGGGACAUCCCCAGCACAUGGCAUGAGAUAUGCCCCGGCAGGGCACAGAGGCUGAGAACCCAGCCUGGCUGAGUCCAGCUCUGCCUGGCCUCACCCUGCACCCUCUGCUACAGAGGGUGUGCCUUUCAGCAGCAGAACAUGGCCUCGGAGGCCGGGCCCAGUGGCUCAUGCCUGUAAUCCCAGCACUUUGGGAGGCCAGGGCAGGCAGAUCACUUGAGGCUAGGAGUUUGAGACCAACCUGUCCAACAUGGUAAAACCCUGUCUCCACUAAAAAUACAAAAAUUAGCUGGGCUUGGUGGCAGAUGCCUGUAAUCCCAGCUACCUGGGAGGCUGAGGCAUGAGAAUCACUUGAACCCAGAGGCAGAGGUUGCAGUGAGCAAAGAUCAUGCCACUGCACUCCAGUCUGUGUGUCUCAAGAAAAAAAAAAAAAAAAACAUGGCCUUGGAGAUCACCUUCUGGCACAAGGUGCCCAGCACAGGCCUGGCCACAGGGAAUGCUGCCUGGACACCACCACCCUCACUCAACAAUGUGGCUCAAGUUUCACCAGGCAUUUGCUGCUACCCUGGCCACAGGAGGGGGCCACGUGUAGCAACUGACCGCUUGACACAUGGCUUUCCACCUGGAGAUGUGCUGCCAAUGUGAAAUAAACACUAGGAAAAAAGAUACCAGCUUCCUGAGGCUUUGUCAUGAAAUGAAGAACUUUAGUAUCUCA